GGGAAUCACGAGGAAGACGAAACAUAUUAUACUAGUCUCUGCUCAUCUGAGCCUCGUAGAUGGUUUGACUUGGAUGCUAUAUGCCUAUAUAUGCAUACACAUGAGCUGGGAUUUUGGAUCUCAAACCCACCACCAAUCAAAUGGCUUCCCUGGACCACACUCUCUGUCUUCCUCUUCUCUUCAUCCUCAUCAUCUCUACCGUACACGUUUUGCCUGCUUCAGCCACACGUUCACACAAACUCAAAAACGCUAUUACCAUCCGGGAAGUCAACCGCAGAGGACCUUACAUCGGUCUCGUGACGGUCUUUGAGACUGAAGAAAAUGCUUUCCUGGGAAGUGUAGAUUUCAGACCCGAUCCUGCUCAUCCCUUCUUGGAUCUCUCUGGUAGACGUUUUCGAAUAGGGAAGAUUCAUGGAAAGAAGGUUGUGUAUGUCAGAUGUGGGAUAGGAAUGGUAAACGCAGCAGCAGCAACACAACAAAUGAUAGAUGUGUUCAAUAUGAAAGGGAUUGUGCAUUUUGGGAUUGCAGGAAAUAUAAACAACUCAAUGUCCAUAGGAGACGUUAGCAUUCCUAAGCAAAUCACCAAUGCUGGCUUGUGGGAUUGGCUGAAUCCAGACAAAGCAGAGGGAGGUGACUAUGCAGCAUACUUAGAUUUUGGGAAGUAUACUGUUCCACAAGGGGAUGGGAGCGACAGUAUGUUAGGGAGUAUUGGAUACAGCUACGAGGAACUAUACUCAGUCAGUAUUGGUCACAAAAAUUCACCUAAGAAAGUAUUUUGGAUCAAUACAACUCAAGAGUGGCUUCAACUUGCAGCUGGUCUAGAGAUGGAGUUGUUGCAGUGUGUGAAUGCAACUUUGUGUCUUCCAGAGAAACCAAAACUAGUUGUUGGAUUAAAGGCGGCCACUGCUAAUACAUUUGUGGAUAAUGCAGCCUACAGAGAUUUCUUAUACUAUACUUUUGGUGUUUCCUCCUCAGAUAUGGAGAGUUCUGCAGUGGCUAUGACGUGCGUGUCAAACGGGUAUCCUGUAAUUGUAAUAAGGGGAUUAUCUGAUUUAGCUGGAGCACAGACAGGAGAUAAUGCUGUCCGGAAGUUUGGAUCUUUGGCUGCCACUAACACUGCAAGAGCUGUUCUAGAGUUCAUCAAGAAGCUGCCACCAAACUACAACCUUAAUUCCUACGUGUAGCCCUAUUUAUCAAAAUGAGUGAUUUAAUAUGUAAUUUUCUUCUAUCAAAUAAGUGUUCACUAUUCAGAUUUUCUUCAGUCGAACACACUUAAUCUCAGCGUUGCAAAAACAUUUUUAUUUAUCAGAGACUGUCACUAUUGGUACAUGCCUCUAGUUAAUAUCAA